GGAACAUCGUAAGACAUGGUUAUGAUUUGUUUCAUUUAUAUUGUGCUGUGUAUUAAUUUCAUCCAAAAUGUAGUUUGCUACAAUAAACGAAUCCUUACAAAUGAUCCAGACCACGUCGAAACGAGAUUCAAUCAUUUGGAACAGAGAAUACAAAGUUUAGCAUCCCAGCUAUCACAAAAUGAUGAUUCAAAUGGAAAACACUAUACAUGGCCUUUCUACCAGACUUGCUGAAAAGGACAAAGAGGUAUUAGCUCUUCAAAACACAACACACAUACUGACAGAAACGAAUGCACAGAAAGAUAGACUUGUAUUACAGUUGUCAAGUAAUUUAACUGUACUACAGUUUGAAGGAAGACGUAUUGCUUUCCAUGCAAGAAUGUCAACCGACAAGACACAUCUUGCUUCAUUCGCCACAGUGAAGUUUGAGACGGUAGUAACAAACGAAGGUCAAGCCUAUAGUCCCGUCACAGGUGUGUUUACCUGUCCUCAAGAUGGAACUUAUAGUUUCUCUUGGACAUUAAUAACACUAGCCGGUAAUUGGUGCAACACCGAGUUUGUCGUAGAUGGCAAUAUCAUAGCCUAUACUCACGACGAGGCUAACAGUUCUACUGAUCAUAAAACUUCAUCUCAAAGUGCGGUUGUUCUUUUGAAGAAAGGAAAUAAAACUUGGAUACGAGCUUAUAGAUCCCAGGCAGGGAGGUGUUAUCCCACGUGGUCGUCUUACUCUGGUUUUAAAGUGUGA